UCGUGUCGUGAUGACGUCAAGGCAAUGGCCGCUCUCACUGUGUAAUGCAGAGUUUUUGAUUCUCUCCGGUAAAAAGAAAAUAGCAUUGAUCUGAUUACUUAUUGUUGUUUAUCAAACUUAGACGGGGAGCGACUGGGUAGUUUUUAAGAUCACAGCCCUGUUUCCAAAGACGAUCAGUCUGGAAAGAAUAAUCUGUAAUGGACACCCCUGAGAGCCCUGCCCAGUCCCCGCAAUCCCCACUGGAGGAGGAGAGAGGCUACUCCGACAGCGAACUCCUGAACGACGACGAGCAGGACGGAGAGGAGGAGGAAGAGGGUGGGGGCGGGGCCUCGGAGUUGGACGAUGAAGAGCUGGAGGAAGGAGUCGAGCAGGACGGGGAGCAGGAACAGCAGCAGAUGCUACUGCAUGACUUGGGCCAUGAGCGUGUUUCUGACCAAGAGGAGGAGGAAGAGGAGGGGCAGCAUGGAGAGUGGGCGCAUCUGAACAGGGAAGAGGAGCUGAGGAGGGGAAGUGCAGUGCACCAGUUCCUGGAGGAAGAGGACGAAGAGGAAGAGGAGGAGGAAGAAGACAGGGUCAGCCCAUGCCCCAAGUCUCCUGACUCUGAUCCGGAGCAGGAGAGGCCUCCCGAAGAGGAUGACGAAGACAACGGGGCAAAGGCAGCAGCACUGACUCUCGCGACGGAGCGUGUGACCGCUGAUGAAGAGGAGGAGGAUGAAGAAGAGGUGGUCCAGAGGAGGGUGGUGAGUGACCCCAAGGACGAGUCGCCCUCUGUGUCGCGAGAGCUGGACGAGCACGAGCUGGACUACGACGAGGAGGUGCCCGAGGAGGCAGCUGGCCCCGCCCAGGAGGACGAGGAGGCAGGGAGAGGUGGGGCCGGAGAUGAGGGGGAGGAGGAUGAGGAGGAAGAGGAGGUCAAGGUGAAGAAGGCUGAGGUCCUGCCCCCUCAGGAGGAGCUGCAGUCCAAGAAGCCUGAGGAGCCUCGCCCCCAGGAGAGGGGAAGACGGGAGUCUUUUCGUGACAAGAAGAAAGACGAGGAUGACGGUGAGAUCGACGAGGGAGAGAUUGACGACGAUGACCUGGAGGAGGGGGAGGUGAAGGACCCCAUGGACAGGAAGCUCCGCCCCCGCCCCAUCUGCAGGUUCUUCAUGAAGGGUAACUGCACUUGGGGAAUGAACUGCAGGUUUAUCCAUCCUGGGGUGAAUGACAAGGGGAACUACUCUCUCAUCAGCAAGCCUGACCCUUUUUCUCCCAACGGGGGGGCCCCAGGAGGCCCACACCCCCUCAUGCCCUCCAACCCCUGGGGAGGCCCCGCGGUUGAGGAGUUGCCCCCGCCGCCCCCACCUUUGGAGCCCCCAGUGGAGAGUGCUUGGGAGAGAGGGCUUCGCCACGCCAAAGAAGUUUUGAAGAAAGCCACCAUACGCAAGGAGCAGGAGCCCGACUUGGAGGAGAAACGGUUCAAUGUGACCAUCGGCGAGGACGAGCGGGAGUUCGACAAAGAGAACGAGUUCUUCAGGGAGCGCAAUUAUCGCAUCACCAGGGAGAUCCGCGAGCCGGGCAAUGAACCCUACCCGGAGUACUAUGACUAUGAAAUGGAGGCUUUCUGGAGAGGAGGUCAAUAUGAGAACUUUAGAGUACAGUACACAGAAACUCCCCUGCCCUACCAUUAUAACGAGCGGGACAGGGAGCGAGACAGACAGCGGGAGCGGGAUCGCGAGAGAGAGAGGGAGCAGCGGGAGAGGGAGCGGCGUCAGCGCGAGCGGGAGAGGGAGAGAGAGAGGGAGCGGGAGAGGGAGAGGCAGCGCAGGAAGGAGGAGUGGGAGCGGGACCGCAUCAAGAGAGAGGAGAAGGAGAGGCCGAGAGAGCGCCCCCUGCGGGAGCCACGAGAGAAGAAGGAAGACAAAGACAAACCCAAACCCAGAUCCCCAGCUGCCCCGCCUCCCAGGCCUUUGGACCCCCCUCCCCAGAAGGAGCUUGGACCACUGUCUAAGCGUCCGGAUGAGUGGAGGGACCCCUGGCGCCGGUCCAAGUCCCCCAGAAGGCGACCAGGAAUGACGGGGUCCCCCCCACGCGGACGUAGGAGACACCGCCCCUCGGGCUCAUCUGUUUCCCUCUCCAACUCCUCCAGGUCGUCGUCGCGCUCCUCCUCCUACACGGGCACGGGCUCGUCCCGCUCGCGGUCCCGCUCCUCCUCCUUCAGCUCCUACUCCAGCCACUCCUCCCAUCACAGCUCCCUCAGCGGGAGCCGCUCCAGGUCCAGAUCUUUCUCCUCGUCCCGCUCCCCCUCCCCUACCCCACCUGCUCAGAGGAACUCUUCCAAGACUAAAAUGGAGCCACCAGUGGCUCCACCCAAAGGCCCGCCACCGAAACCUGCUCCUCUACCCCCCCGGCGGGAGAAGGCCCCGCCCAAGACCCCAGCCAGCCCUCCGCCCCCGGGCCCACCAGGAAAGCCCCUAAAACCAGCCCCCGAGGGUGUCAAGCCAGUCAACCCGCGGGACGCGGGCAAAUUCGUCAACCCCAGGGAGGGGCGCAGAAAGGAGCGUCAGCGUCACAACCCCCCCAGGAGGCGAACGGUCAGCGGCAGCAUGAGCGGCAGCGCCAGCAGCUACAGCGGCUCCAGCUCCCGCUCCCCCUCCGGCUCCCGAACGCGCUCCUCCUCCGCCUCCAUCUCCCGCUCCGGCUCCAGGAAGUCCAGAAAAUCCAGGUCCCUGAGCGUGAGCAGUGUCUCCUCGGUGUCCUCGGCCUCCUCCAGCACCAGCUCCAGGCGGAGCGCUGACUCGGACGACAUGUACGCCGACCUGGCCAGUCCCGUGUCCUCCGCCAGCUCGCGCUCGCCCACGCCUGGCCACGCCCGCAAGGACAAGGCCCCGCCUCGCGAGAGGGGGCCCAACAAGGACAAAGGAAAGCCAACAAAAAAGGAUGAGCCAUUCAAAGAUGACCGCAGAAAGCCAGACCCAUCUGCCCCGCCCCCCAAAAUCUCCACCUCAUCUUCACAGAGAAUGGGGCCAGGCAGUAAGGGCCACCCCCUGCACACACCCCCCAUGGGACCCCCUGGAGGCUAUGGCUCUCACAAAGACAUCAAGCUCACUCUGCUCCACAAGCAGACAGACCGUGGAAACAGGAAGAGAUACCUGCCGUCUGACAAGGACCGGCCCAUGUCUCCGCCCACCAAGAGGACAGCUAUGUCACCUGAGAGAGGUCGGGACAGGAGGAUGCUAAGACCGCCCCUCUCUCCCAGACUGGACCGCCCCCGAGGCCCUGGGCCACGCCCCAUGCUCCCACAACCAGAGAGGAAACGGCCGCUUUCUCCGCCCCCCAAAUCCUCUGGGAAGGGACCUGGAGCGUCAUCUGGCAAGCCAGCGGGGGCGGGGCCAGGAUCGGGCUCCAGCGGGCCGACCCCGCCCAAAUCGGGCAAACCGAGCAGCACGCUGUCCCGGCGUGAGGAGCUCCUGAAACAGCUGAAGGCCGUGGAGGACGCCAUCGCCCGCAAAAGGGCCAAGAUCCCCGGGAAAUAGGGGACGACACGGGGGGGGGGGGGGAGAUGCGGUCGCCACGCUCGACCGGGAAACGUCAGGGCUCGCUUUGCCCUCAGAGAGAGGCCGUCAGAUUUUUUUUAUAUGCGAGUGAAACGAAAUAGAAAAAGUGGCAGCAGGGCAUGGCUCCUCCCCCAACCCCUUUCAUUCUGAUUGGACAGGAAAACCUUGCCCCCCCCCCAACCCAGCUCUUUCUGUGCUAGAAAGAUUCUACAUCCUCCUGCACCCCCACAAACGCACACCUGCGUGCAGCCACCCACCCACACACACACACACACACAUACACACACCCUCACCAAUGAAUUGUCUCAAUGAAACAUGAUACCUUUAAUGCAUUCUCGCCAUCUCUUUCUCUGAAUGCUUUACAUUUUUGGCGUCUCGAACUGUGUUGAUGAGACUCCCCUCCCCCCCUCUCGGGUCUGUGACUAUGGAGUUUCUGGAAACUGGUUUUCUGUUCGGAGAACAGACUCUGGAAAAACCUCUCUGGAAAAAAAGGCCCUACCCCGCGUCUCGGGACCCCUUUGUUUAUGAAGGUCCCCUCUUUACCAGUGCACACGACUAAUCUUAGUACCUGCAUUUAGUGUUUUUCAGCUGUGUUGGAUUUCUUAAUGUGUACAAUUAUAGCAAACAUGGGAGAAACAGAGAUUUCUUCAAGUGUAAAAUUAUAGCGAACAAAUUCCUGUGAUGUGAAGUAUGCCUUUUUUUAAAUAUCUGCAGCGUUUUCGUUUUUUUUUUUUCUCCCCCCCUCAGCUCUUCGUAAUUAAAAAGGUCUGUCUAUUUUAUUUCCCCCAGUUUUAGUUGACACAUACGGUGGGAGGUUGCGUGUGAGAUUUCCUGCAGAAAGGGAGGAAUUGUGUCUUACUUUUGUGACAGGAAAAGCAACUGAAUAAACUAUUUUGAUAAAGAAA